CAGGUGACCACGGCCUCGGGCACCAAGUGCUUCGCCUGCCGCUCGGCGGCCGAGAGGGACAAGUGGAUCGAGAACCUGCAGAGGGCAGUGAAGCCCAACAAGGACAAGAGCAACUACGUGGGGAUGGUGACGAUCCCCAUCGGCAGCGUGACCGGGAGGCACUUUGCGGAGCAGUGGUACCCGCUGAGCCAGCCCAGCGGGGCCAAGGCCAAGGCCGGGUGUCCCGCCCUCAGGGUGAAGAGCAGGUUCCAGACCAUGAGCAUCCUGCCCAUGGAGCUCUACAAGGAGUUCGCCGAGUACGUGACCAACAACUACCGGAUGUUGUGCGCGGUGCUGGAGCCGGUGCUGAGCGUGAAGAGCAAGGAGGAGGUGGCGUGUGCGUUGGUGCACAUCCUGCAGAGCACGGGCAAGGCCAAGGACUUCCUGUCGGACAUGGCCAUGACGGAGGUGGAUCGGUUCAUGGAUCGGGAGCACCUGAUCUUCCGGGAGAACACCCUGGCCACCAAAGCCAUAGAGGAGUAUCUGAAACUCAUCGGCCAGAAAUACCUCAAGGACGCCAUUGGCGAGUUCAUCCGGGCUCUCUACGAGUCAGAGGAGAACUGUGAGGUGGACCCCAUGAAGUGCUCGGCCUCCACCCUGGCCGACCACCAGGCCAACCUGCGCAUGUGCUGCGAGCUGGCGCUCUGCAAGGUGGUCAACUCCCACUGCGUGUUCCCCCGGGAGCUGAAGGAGGUGUUCGCCUCGUGGCGGCUGCGCUGCGCCGAGCGCGGCCGGGAGGACAUCGCCGACCGCCUGAUCAGCGCCUCCCUGUUCCUGCGCUUCCUCUGCCCGGCCGUCAUGUCCCCCAGCCUCUUCGGCCUCAUGCAGGAGUACCCGGACGAGCAGACCUCCCGCACCCUCACCCUCAUCGCCAAGGUCAUCCAGAACCUGGCCAACUUCACCAAGUUUGGCAGCAAGGAGGAGUACAUGGCCUUCAUGAACGAGUUCCUGGAGCUGGAGUGGACCAGCAUGCAGCAGUUCCUCUACGAGAUCUCCAACCUGGAUACCUUGACCAACAGCACCAGCUUUGAGGGCUACAUUGACCUGGGCAGGGAGCUCUCCACCCUGCAUGCCCUGCUCUGGGAGGUCAUGUCCCAGCUCAGCAAGGAGGCCCUGCUGAAGCUGGGCCCUCUGCCCCGGCUCCUGACCGACAUCAGCGUCGCGCUGCGCAACCCCCACCUGCAGCGCCAGCCCAGCCAGGGGGAGCGGCUGCCCCCCAAGGGGCUGGUCCUGCGGGGACCUUCUGCUGAUCUCCAGCCCUACCUCGUGAGGGACCUCAACAGCUCCGUUGACCUCCAGUCCUACAUGGUGCGGGGCCUCAACAG